AUGAAAUUUUUAUUUAUUACAAUUUUUCUUCUUUUUAUCAAUUUCUCUUACUCUUUAAGAUGCUUUACUGGUUUUUAUGGCAGUAACAAAAGUGGUACAGUAGAUAAAUACCGCAGCGAAUAUUGCGCAUCUCAAUUUUGUAGAUACGUUACAUCAAGUAAUGAAAUUGGAAAUCGUUUCAUUCUUGGCACUUGUGACACAGGUAAUAAAUGUAGUGAAAAUUCGGUAAUUGAUAUAGUUAUGACUUUGGAAAAUUAUUACAAACAUUAUGGUGGAGAUCUUAAUUCAAUUAGCGAUGAAGCAAAAAAAUCAUUUGUAGACGUAAAAGAAGAAUGUUGUAAUAGUGACAACUGUAAUUCAGUACAAAAAGCUCUGAUCAAAACUCCAAAGAAAUAA